AUGGACCCUCUCCACGUGUUGGGAACGGGAGUGGUCGAGGCAGAGGCUGGAGCCAACCCCGACGCCGCCGUCGAAACGGGCUCCAUCAUCCCGGAAGCCGCCGGGCUCACCAAAAGUCCCAGCGCCCGCGCACCUGCCCCCGUUGGGGCCGCCGCGGGCCCGCCCGAUGGCACCACUUCCUCUGAAGCGGGCGGCGGAGCAAGUAUCCCCGUGGCCAUCUCGCCCUCCGUUGCGACCGCCGAGGCAGGCUCCUCCGCCCCUGUCGGGGCCUCUGGAGCAGGCACCUCCGCCUCCGCCGCCGGUGCCACCUCCGUCGGGACCCCCCGGGCGGAAGUUGCGGGUCCGUCACCACCGCCUCCUCCGCCGCAGCCGUCGGGGCGGGCGUCCCAGCCUCCCCCGCUGUCGUCGUCCUCGCCAUGGCUGUGGGGGCAGGCUCUCCCUCCUCUGUCGCUGUUGCCGUCCCCGUCGCGGCCGCUGGGACAUCCGUCCCCGUUAACAUCGCCGCCAUUCCCUCUGCCUCAUCGGCGUCGAGGUCGAUCACCUCCCCGGCCUGAGGGCCCUGGGGAAUGA